GAGCACGUAAAACCGCAGUAAGAGUCGUACUCUCGCGUGGCUCGCUCACUUUGACAACCUCUCUCUCUCUGACAGUCUUGCUUGGGGCUGCCCCUCAUCACAACAUCACCAGGGCGUUUCAGCCAGCCAGCCAGACGAAACACACUAUUACACAAUAAAUACACACUCUUUAGCUGCCGCCGUUAUCUCAGGAAGACAGCCGUUCCUUGCUUCGGAGAAAAAGAGUCAUGCUUUGACUUGUUGGGGAAAAUUUGCUAUGUUUGGUGUAUGGUGGCAAGGCAUUCAACUCUGCUCACUCACAACAAGCAGCGGUUCAGUCAUUACGACAUGCCAUGUUGAUGUGACGAAAAUGAACAAACCGAAGAUGGCCUCAGAGAAGGGUGUUCCCAGUAACUCCAGAGUGCAGAUCCUGCUGACCCAGCUGGAGAAGAUGACCGGGGACUCCAUGGUGAGGGAUCCCGAGAUGGCGCGGCAGAUCACCUCCAAGCUCCUGCAUCUUAUACAGACACAAGAGAAGACAUCGAAGGAGGUGAUGUCCAAAGGCACCAGUGGCAUGGAGGUCAUCCUGACUUCACUGGAGACCACCCGGGACAUCCAGACGAUUCUGAACAUCCUGUGCAUUCUCAGUGAACUACUGACCUUGGGCAAAGGACGCAGGGUGGGGGUCUUUGUAUCAAAAGGAGGAACAGCCGUGUUACUCCGCAUUCUAAUCAAUGCCAACAAAGAGUUUCACCCCAACGAGGAGCUCAUGUUGCAUCUUCACUCCCUACUGGCCAAGGUGGGCCCGAAAGACAGGAAGUUGGGCGUAAAGGCGCGUCUGACUGGCGCUCUGCACGUCACAAUAAACCUGAUCAAGAAGAACCUCCAAAAUGUCAAGCUGGUCCUGCCCUGUUUGCAGGUUCUUAGGGUGUACUCGGCCAAUCUUGUGAACGCCAUAGCCCUGGGCAAAAGUGGAGCCAUCGACAUGAUGUUCAAGAUUGUGGCACCGUACAGCAAGAAGAACGCAAGCCUGAUUAAGGUCGCUGUGGAUGCACUCGUUGCUCUGCUCAAAUCCAAAACAAAUGCUCGGCGAACAGUGGAGGGUGGCUACGUUCCCACCCUGCUCGCCCUCUACCUGGACUGGCACCGCAACGACACGUGGCAUCGUCAUACGGUGAUCCGCAAGGGACUCCUUGGCUGUCUGCGCAAUGUCACCAACAUCAAGCUGGGCAGGCGGGCGUUUACGAAAGCAGAUGGCAUGCGCAUACUGUACAACUCUUCCACCGAGUGUCUCUCGGUGCGCACCUUGGAUCCUCUUGUCAAUGCCUCAAGUCUCAUCAUGAGGAAGUGCUUCCCCAAAAACCGCCUGCCUUUGCCGACCAUCAAGUCGGCUUUCCAUUAUCAGCUGGAGCACGUGCUGGCUUCAGGGCCUGUCGCACAGCUAUACAGCCAACCUCCCGGAGGAAGAACACAUGCACAGCUCAGCAAGCCCUUAAAGAAGGUGGACGACGUGGUGGAUGAAAGUGACGAUAACGAGGACACAGAGGCAGACACGGAGAACGAUACGGAGAACGAGGAAGAUGAAAAGGAUUGUCGCUCCCUGAAUGACGACAUUGAAAAGGAUAUAAACAAGCUAAACCCGCAGAAGAUCCCGAGCCGACCUUACGAAGAGUUAAAAGUCUACGAGAAAUUCUUCAUGGAGUUGUCCCAAGACUUCCAGGGUUUCAACUUUGGAUCCUCUACCACAUCUUCAUCGGCUCAAUCUGCUCAGCCCAUCGUUGUGCCCACCGCUCAGGUGCCGUCCCCAAAUCACGUCACCGCACGGAGCACUGAAGAUGUCUGUGACUCUUCUGCUCCCACUCCCGCUCUUCGCCCUUUGCAGCUGGACGCCAGUGAUUUUGCCAAGGGCCCCAACAAAAACGAGGAGGCACAUAAUCAACCAGCGGAGCAGAAACUGCCUAAACGUGUCUCCUUAAAUGCGGCUCCAAUGAGAGUCAAACAAAAAGAAACGGCAGUUAGUGCGCUGAAGGCCACGCAGUCCCCUCUGCUUUUGGAGGGCAUCGCCAUUCGCUGUUUAGCAGGAGGCGGAUCAGACUGCGGCUCAGAGGGCGCAGAGGAUGAAGUCGGUGAAGGGGCUGUCCUGGAGGUACCCGACACCGCUCAGCUUCUCCCUUUGCAUGACCUGGACCUUUACGUGGAGAUGGUGAAGGGGACAAAGUCUGUGCCGAGCUACACUGAGGUAGCCUACCCGGACUACUUUGGACACGUGGCCCCCACAUAUAGAGAGCCCCUUCUGGAGAGGUUGUACGGGGUACAGAGGUCUAAGAUAUUCCAGGAUAUCGAGAGGUUGAUUCAUCCAAACGACAUCAUGGAUAAAGUCGUUUACGACCUCGACAUUCCCAGUUGUCCCGUGAUUGGAAGCGAUGGCGAGUCACUGAGGUUCAAUUCUCAGUUUGAGUCCGGCAACCUCCGGAAGGCCAUUCAGAUCAGGAAGUACGAGUACGACCUGAUUCUGAACUCGGACAUCAACAGCAACCAUCACCACCAGUGGUUCUACUUUGAGGUGAGCGGCAUGCGUGUGGGAACCACGUACCGCUUCAACAUCAUCAAUUGUGAAAAGUCCAACAGCCAGUUCAAUUAUGGCAUGCAGCCGCUGAUGUACUCGGUUCAGGAGGCCAUCAGUGGCAGGCCUUGCUGGGUCAGAACAGGAACAGACAUCUGUUACUAUAAGAACCAUUUUGCCAGGAGUUCCAUCGCAACUGGCGGUCAGAAAGGGAAGUCCUACUACACAAUGAGCUUCAGCACCGCCUUCAGCCACAAGGAUGACGUCUGCUACUUUUCCUAUCACUACCCGUACACGUAUUCCUCUCUUAAGAUGCACUUGUCAAAGCUAGAGGCUUUGAGGGCCCCUGAGAUUUACCUGCGAGAGGAUGUCCUUUGCGAGACGCUGGGGGGAAACAGCUGCCCGCUCCUCACCGUCACCGCCAUGCCGGAGUCUAACUCCAGUGAUCACAUCUGCCAGUUUAGAAAUCGUCCAUUGAUCUUCCUUUCAGCCAGAGUGCACCCUGGGGAAACCAAUGCCAGCUGGGUGAUGAAAGGGACGCUGGAGUUUCUGAUGGGUCCGAGCCUGCUGGCGGCCACCUUGCGAGAGUCUUACAUCUUCAAGAUCGUGCCCAUGCUCAACCCGGAUGGCGUCAUCAAUGGAAAUCAUCGUUGUUCUCUGAGCGGGGAAGAUUUGAAUCGCCAGUGGCAGAACCCCAAUCCUGAGCUGCACCCGACCAUCUACCACACCAAGAGCCUGCUGCAGUACCUUGCACACACGCAACGAGCACCACUGGUUUUCUGCGACUACCACGGCCAUUCCAGAAAGAAGAACGUAUUCAUGUACGGCUGCAGUUUGAAGGAAACAAUAUGGCAGUCCAACAUCAGCACGGCGUCCAAUGACAUAGAAGAGGACCUCGCGUACAGGGCCCUACCAAAGAUCCUCUCCCAGAUCGCGCCGGCCUUCAGCAUGGCCAGCUGUAGUUUUGUGGUGGAGCGCUCCAAGGAAUCGACGGCGCGCGUGGUGGUGUGGCGGGAGAUUGGCGUGCAGCGCAGCUACACCAUGGAGAGUACCGUCUGCGGUUGCGACCAGGGCAAAUAUAAGGGUUUUCAGAUUGGUACCAGGGAGCUGGAAGAGAUGGGAGCUCAAUUCUGUGUGGCCCUUCUAAGGCUCAAGAGAAUGACGGGGAUUCACAGCCAUCAGCACCUGCUGGACCUCGAGAGUGACCUCAUCGGGACACAGCCUAAAGUAGUCAGCAGCAGCUGCCCCACCACCUACGUCAUGGACGAGGAUGAGCCGUCCUUCCUGGAGGCGGUGGAUUACAGCGCCGAGAGCAACGACGAGGACACGGAGGUGGACCUGGGGGCCGCCGCCGCCGCCGCCUCCGCCACCACAGACACCGGCGAAGUUCCGGAGCUGCUGUCAGACUCCGAGAACAAUCGCGACGCUUGGAAAUCUGAGCCUGUCACUAGCAGCCAAUGACUGUUUAAAACAAACAAACAAUUAUUUAUUUAUUUAUUUGUUCAUCUUUUUUUUUUUCCCGAGCAGUUUCAAUUCCAAAACUACUGAAGGUAACAACACUCACAUUUUCCAUUUUAUUUUUACUGUCGAUGUAUCUCUGUCUCGAAGGCUGGAUUUACACUGCAAAUAUGACUGUUUUUACCUUUACUUGAAUACAAGCAUGCGCUUAAACAAGUGUGAACAUAGGACAGCGACAGCGCUAAUAAGUAUAAGACAAAUGUUAACUGUUACACUUCAGGUCGGCCUGUGCUGGCUAAACACAGAAGGUGACCGACUUGGUCUGUACAAAGUGCUCCGAAUUGGUUUCACCCCACAUUCACAAUCAAAAGUUUUUUGUUGGUCUUUUU